CUUCAGCUCUUGCAAACUAUAUAUACCUAGUCACUGUACAGUACCUUGUAUAAAACAGGGUAAUGAACAGAGCAUUUUGAAGCAUAAUCGAGUCCAAAUGGUUGUCCAAGUCAAACCCAGCUCACACCACUGCAGCAAGACAAUUGAGGGAACUCAGCAAAUAGUGGAAGCUAAUAUCUUAUUACAUGGGGCUGAAAAUGUCGGGAAAUCAGCGCUCACCGUCCGAUUCAUUACCAGAAGAUUUAUAGGCGAGUACGGUGAAAUAGAAUCAAUUUACAGUCAUAUUGACACAAUUGACGGAAGGGAAAUAUCCUUCAACAUAUUGGACUCGCUCUAUCCACAGGUAAACACUCUUGUACUACCCAAAUUGAUAAGUGAGAAACAACUUCAAUGGGCAGACGGCGUGAUACUGGUAUACAGCAUCUGCGACCGCUCCAGCUUCGAGGUAGUGCGCCAACAAGUGCAGCGCAUCCGCCACGCCAGUAGGAAGAUGUCUACAACAGCGCCCAUCAUCAUUGUUGGGAACAAACGCGAUUUGCAGCACCGAAGGACAGUCUCAAGUGGGGAGGACCGACUCCUUGCUAUCUCAGAAUAUUGCGUAUUUUUCGAGAUAUCCGCAGCUGAAACAUACCACGGUGUUUUGCUGGUGUUCCAUGGACUGAUAGAUCUUAUCUGAGAGUCGAGAGCUCUGCGGAAAGGUGCUGCGGGUAUUAAAAGUAUAGUGAGAAGCAUGUCAGCUGUAUUCGGGAAGAAACGUGCAGAGUAAUCUACCACAGGAUAGACUACAUUAUGCGCAAUGAGAUUUGGAUAGUCAGAACAUGUAGGUAGCUACACCGUUGGCAAUUGAGAAAAAUUGUCUAUGGCAGGUUGUAGUGCAACUGCAGGUGCUGAGAGGGAACUUAUUUGGGAGGUUUUCAGAAAGGAGACAUUGUUUAUCUUGUAGAGUUACACUAAAGAUUGAAUUGCAGAUGGAAGCAGUCAUUCAAUAAUUUAUUGUACUUUCUGAAGUUGAAAAGU